AUGGAAGCCAUCAAGCGCACUUUCGCUAAGUGCAAGGAAGCUCGCCGUGCGGCUCUUGUCGCUUAUAUCACUGCUGGAUAUCCCAGCGUCGAGGAGGCUGUUGACAUUCUCCUGGGUCUGGAGAACGGUGGCGCCGAUAUCAUCGAACUCGGAAUUCCUUUCACUGACCCCAUCGCUGACGGACCUACCAUUCAGAAGGCCAACACAAAGGCUCUGCAAAAUGGCGUGUCGGUUACUACCGUCCUGGAGAUGGUCCGCACUGCCCGCAGCCGUGGCCUGAAGGCUCCGAUCAUGCUCAUGGGAUACGUGAACCCGGUUCUGCGAUACGGCGAGGAGCGUAUGCUUAACGACUGCAAGGAGGCUGGUGUCAACGGUUUCAUCAUGGUCGACCUGCCCCCAGAGGAGGCUGUCCGUUUCCGUGACCUGUGCGCCAAGACUGGCCUUUCAUACGUUCCUCUUAUCGCCCCGUCCACCUCUGAGGACCGCAUGAAGCUCCUUUGCAAGAUUGCGGACUCUUUCAUUUACGUUGUCUCUCGUAUGGGUGUCACUGGUGCCACCGGCAAGCUGAGCGCCAACAUCCCCGAGCUCCUCAAGCGGGUUCACGAGUACUCUGGAAACGUCCCCGCUGCUCUUGGCUUCGGUGUCAGCACUCGCCAGCAUUUCCUUGAUGUUCAGCAGGCCGCUGAGGGUGUUGUCAUUGGCAGUCAGAUCAUCACUGUCGUUGGCCAAGCCGCUGAGGGCAAGGCUGCUCAGGCUGCUGAGGACUACCUUUCUAGCAUCACUGGUCGCAAGCUUCAGCGUGAUGCUCAAGGAACUAUCAUUGGUGAAGUCAAUGUCAUUGAGGCUGUCCACAAGGCCCUGCCUGAUGCUGAGGUCCAGCCCACCAAGGUCAUUACUGAGGCUGAUACCCCUGCCGGCCCCGGUCUGGGUGACCAGCUCGUUGCUCUCAAUGUGACCAAGGAUCCCAAUGUCUUGCCUUCCCGCUUCGGCGAGUUCGGUGGUCAAUACGUUCCUGAGUCCCUCAUGGACUGCUUGGCCCAGCUUGAGCGAGGUUUCAAUGAAGCCAAGAAUGACCCUAAGUUCUGGGAAGAGUACCGCUCUCACUACCCCUACAUGAGCCGUCCCAGCAGCCUUCACCUUGCUGAGCGUCUUACUGAGCGCUGCGGCGGUGCCAACAUUUACCUGAAGCGCGAGGAUCUUAACCACACUGGUAGUCACAAGAUCAACAACGCCAUCGGCCAGAUCUUGAUUGCCAAGCGCCUGGGCAAGACCCGCAUUAUUGCUGAGACCGGUGCUGGUCAACACGGUGUCGCGACUGCUACUGUCUGCGCUAAGUUCGACAUGAAGUGCACUGUCUACAUGGGUGCCGAGGAUGUGCGCCGUCAGGCUCUCAACGUCUUCCGCAUGAAGCUUCUUGGUGCUGAGGUUGUCGCUGUCGAUGCUGGUAGCCGUACCCUCCGUGAUGCUGUGAACGAGGCUCUCCGCGCCUGGGUUGUUGAUCUUGACACUACCCACUACAUUAUUGGUUCUGCUAUCGGUCCCCAUCCCUUCCCCUUGAUCGUUCGCACUUUCCAAUCCAUUAUUGGUGACGAGACCAAGGAGCAGAUGAAGGAGCUCACCGGCCGCCUUCCCGAUGCUGUUGUUGCUUGCGUUGGUGGUGGCAGUAACGCCGUUGGAAUGUUCUACCCCUUCUCUAAGGAUCUGAGCGUGAAGAUGGUUGGUGUUGAGGCUGGUGGUGAUGGUAUUGAUACUGCCCGUCACUCUGCCACUCUCUCUGGCGGUACCAAGGGUGUCCUGCACGGUGUCCGCACCUACGUCCUGCAGAACGAGCAUGGACAGAUCUCCGACACUCACUCUAUCUCCGCCGGUCUUGACUACCCCGGUGUUGGUCCCGAGCUGAGUGCCUGGAAGGAUGCCGACCGUGCCACCUUCGUUACCGCGGAUGACGCCCAGGCCAUGAAUGCCUUCCGCACCCUGUCCGAGACCGAGGGUAUCAUCCCCGCUCUGGAGUCCUCCCACGCCGUCCACGGCGCCAUGGAGCUCGCCAAGACCAUGAAGCCUGGCGAGAAUAUCGUCAUCAACCUGAGUGGUCGUGGUGACAAGGAUGUCCAGAGCGUUGCCGAUGAGCUGCCUCGUCUGGGCCCCAAGAUCGGCUGGGAUCUGCGUUUCUAA